AUGUCGUCUUCUGCGUCUGGUCAAUCUGUUCGAGCAUUCCUUGCAUCGGAUUGGUCAAAUACGCUAACUUAUGUCACGCGUUUGAUAACGAUUAUUAGCUGUGUUUUUUAUUUCCUGGGUUCAUUUUUUGGAAAUCCUUACUCUUGGUACCAACGUGCCCUAAUAGCAAAUGCAGCUACAUCAGCUCUCAGGUUGCAUCAGCGGAUCACACGACAAAAUGAUCAACUUCGUCUUUCCCAAGAGUCAAUUGCUACUAUAGUAUCUGAAGAUUCUUUGCAUUAUCUACUUUACUCUUUGAUGUUCUUGUGGUCCCCUCCUGUCACUGUUGCUCUUGCCCCGAUUUUUUGCUUCGCUUUUCUUCAUUGUCUUGGAUUCACCAAAAAUCUUCUCACCUUGUAUGGAAGUGAUGUUACUCAAUCACCAUCGUGGGUUGCUAGAUUGUUGAAUUUGAUCAGCAAGGCUCAGAGUCACAAUGAGAACGUGCUUCGUAUCAUUGCAGUUCACGAGGUGAUUCUUAUGGUCGUUACAAUCGUUCUAGCUUUCUCUGGUCAUGUCAUAUUUCUCGCAUUCUUCUAUUAUCAAUUUCUAAAACUACGUUAUACUUCACGGAGGAAUCCUUACUGCAGGCUUGUCUUCUCGGAGCUUCGCGUUGUCUUUACGCGGUUAUCAAAUCACCCAAGCUGUCCUCAAUUUGCCAAGUCUAUAAUCAAUACUGGCAUUAACUUUGUUUCCAGGCUGAACCCAGCUGCUCAUUUUUCAAUGGCGCAUAAUGGUCCUAUAGGGAAUAGUGGAUUUAGAAGUGAACUUACAAGAUAUAUGAUUGAUCGUGACGAUGGCGUACAAAUUAGUGACCAUAGACAGCACAGUAGCAGCUCCUUUGGGCCUUCAAUUAAACGCGCUGUCGAUGAUGAAUUUGAUGUAGCUUAUCAACCAGUUCUUAAAAAGGAAAAAGUUUUCCUAUUAGAAAAAUCCCAGCCUGAAUAUUUAUCGCCUAAUAAAUGUGAGGAAGUUCAUGCUACAUCUCCAAAAAUGCCUCAAUUCGGUAUUCAAAGGAAUAUAACGAGUGCAUUUCAUUUUUCAGCUGACCCUGACAUCAUUCAGGAGAUUGCCGGUUUGCUCACUGAUCCAAAGCCUUCAUCUUCUUGUCCUGAUUCUCUGGUUGAUGCAAAAUCAACUGGCUCCUCGGAUUUACAAAGUGUAAAGAGGUCUCCUUACGUUUGUGACAUCUGUAAGAGUAUUUUUCAAACCAAACAAAAAUGGAAGAACCACAUGGAUACUCACGAUAGCUCCAAAAGAUAUCAAUGUGCAGCUCCAGGUUGCGGAAGAAGUUUUACUUCACAAAAAUAUCUUGACAACCAUAAGGCGGAUCACUUCUGUCGGGGUCUUGAAUGUAUCAUUUGUGACUAUGUUGGAAAAAACAAAAUUGAUAUUAAGGGACACUUCAAGCAAGUUCAUUUGCAUGAGAUCGAACGGAAUAACUUUACAGCUGAGUGGAACGAUGUAAAGGAUAUAUUCGAACGUAACAUCCAGGAAAUACUAGGUGGGCACCCCGUACAAUCGCCUGGUAAUUGCACUAUAUUUGAUUCGAUUACUAAUGCUGGUAAUGGAGAACAGUUCUCUCCUGAUGGAACAAAUUCAACUAUGUCUGUACCAUCCUUCAGAGAUGGUGGUUUGAGUGGAAAUGGGGCUGGAAAUCUAACCUCUCCUCCUCCACCCCUCUCUACCGGCACCAAUUCCGUCUCCCCAAGUAGAAACUCUUGUUCCUCAGGUUUUAUCCAGAAUUUACCUCCUUCCUCAGAUUUACUCGAACCCCAAUUCCCUCCUGUUAUCGACCAACCGCAUAAGCUCAAUACACCGACAAAAUUGGACCAACCUCACGCAACCGGAUCAUCAUCGAUUGAUGGGUCUAAUUUUCAAUCUACAUCCCCUAAUUUCCCUCCUCAAAUACGGAAUAUUUUUGAUGAAAAUUGGGAGACUCAAUCUUAUUCGCAAGCAAAUCUUCCUUCUGUUUACAAUCUUCAAAACUCCUCUUACAGGCAACAUAGCGGUGAUAAUGCUACCACAUGGAUGUAUCAAAUGCCUCAAGAACCACUGUCCCAUCAGUACCACGCAACUCCUAUUAAUGCUUCUGCUCAACCACCUCAGGCUACGGCCUCAUUGUCUUUUCGAUACGGCAAUAAUACUACAUCAAGGCAACAAUCGGUGAAUACAUUCCCGUCUUAUCAAGAAGAGGGCUCUUUUAAUUAUGGACAACAGCAGCAAGUUUUCCCAAGAAAUGGCUAUCAGCAGGCUCAACAAUUUCCCAACCAAUAUCAGCGUUCUUAUUGCCAAAAUUACUAUCAACAGGAGUAUUAUCCGCAACAGAACCAUUCACAUUUGCACACCUAUUGUCAACAGACUCCUCAAAGACAGAGAGUAAUGGAUACUCAGUCACGUUUGCAGCAUCCUCAAAUGGUGCGAGCAGUUGAUGGGGUAUCGACCCCCUUUCAGUCUAUGCCUCAACAAAUUUAUAAUUCCGGUUCUCAACAACAACAGCAACAGCAAGUAGUUGAUCAACAUUUUACCAAUAGCUGGCCUUAUUCUAACACCAAGUAUUACAAUCACCAAUCUCAACCGAAUGUCCAUUCUGAUGAUUUUCAAGCGACUGCAUCGGCUACUACUGUGCCCCAAUUCACUCCUACAGAGUACUAG